AGCUAAUACUAGAAAGCAAGAGUGAAAACUCAAAACCAAACAAAUUCUCUCUACCUCUCCGAAAGCAAGCAAGGAAAAAAAAUGGAGAAGGCGGCAUUGCUACAAGUAUUCGCUCUGUUACUCGUAAUCUCAUCUCUUCACGCAUUCCAAUCCGAUGAACUAGACGAAGAGUUCGGCCUCGAGGGAGGGAAUCUUCAACCUCAAGAACGAAUCCCUGAUCCGGUCGUACCCACCAGAUCAACUCCCAACCGAGUGAAGUAUUCGGAUUCAGAUUCGGACUCAAAGAUCCAAAUAACCCUUGAACACGCCUUUGGCGACUCCGAUUUCUUCCCUGCUGCUACCUUCUCAGCGCGCCUCAAAACGUGGAGUCACGGUGCUCAGACACUAACAAAGCUGCGGUUUUCAAGAAAUUCUUUUACGGAGGUGGAGAAACAGAAAUUCCAAAAAUUGCUGGAAGACGAUGAGUUUUACAGGAUAAGACUGCCUUCCAAUGUUUUGAACCCUCCUGGAAAGGAUUUUGUCAUAUCAUCUGUCAGAGCUAGAUGUCUUCCACGGGAUGGCUUGGAUGAGCACUUUGUUAUACACACGGAAGGUGUUAAUAUCUUGGCUGUCAAUUAUGGUUCCCCUGGGGCAUGUCCCUACCCACGGCAAUUGAAACUUCCUUCAAAGUGGUCAUUCAACUCUCAUACGGUUUUGAAGAAUAGCGAGCAGGCACCAAGAACUCCAAUAUUUGCUGAAGAUUUGCCAGGAGAACAAGGAGAGGGUGUAGACGUACCACCACCAGAAAGGUCCUUUUGGGCUAAAUAUUGGAUGUACUUGAUCCCUCUUGGACUCAUAGUGAUGAAUGCCAUGACCCAAGCGAUGAAUUUGCCUGAGGAACAAGCUACUGGCCAAUCGGGUGCUCAGCCAGCUGCAGCAAUCCAGCGUGGGCCCAAUCCUGCUGUGAGAAGACGAUGAUGGAGUUAAAUUGUCCUUCCAACACGCAUGCGUUCAAUAUCCCAAUACCAGUGGAACUUACGAUGGGAUCUUAGAUUUGCAUCUCUUGCAUGGGGACUGCAAGUUUUGUAAAUUUUCUAGUCACCGAUUCUUAUUUUCCAUUUGAAUCCAUGUUGUACUUUAGGAAAUUAAACGUAAUUAUCAUGCAGGGAAGGCUUAGGAAUUACUCGUAGAGCACAUUGUCAAAUUUUAUGGUUUAUUUUAACAUUUUCUUUUGCAAA